AUCCAGUGGGGUGAGCGGGCGUUUUCUUGGAGCUCCUCUGCCCAUUUCACCUCAAGCCUCAAAGUCCGGGACCCACACGACCACCGCAGGGCUCCGGGAAUGGAUCCUGUCUGGCUCUGGAUCAUCUGUCUGGGCUUCAGCCACGCUGUCCCGGGAGCUGUCAGCCAGGAUCCCUACAUCGAGAUCCCAGAAAACUACCACGGUCACUUCCCUCUGUACCUGAAGAAGCUGGAAAUCCAGGGUCCAGAGGGCCCUGCCCCGAUGCAGGUGGUGGACAGCUAUGAUGGCCUCUUUGGUGUGGAGCCUGACUCGGGCUUCCUGUUUGUUACCCGGCCUCUGGAUCGGGAGGAGCAGGCCCAGUACACACUGCAGGUGAUUGUGACCAGGGACGACGGGCAGCCACUCUCUGGCCCGGAAACCCUGACGGUGAGAGUGAAAGACGAGAACGACAAUGUGCCACGGUUCACUGAGGAUGUGUUUGCGGGAACUGUCAGCCAAGGGACCGGCCAAGGGGUCUCCUUUCUGUUUGUCAGUGCGGCCGACCUGGAUGACCCCUUGACUCCCAACGCAGAUCUGCGUUACCAAAUCAUCAGCCAGGCUCCUGGUCUUCCCUCUGAUGCCAUGUUCCAGCUGGACUCCAGGACUGGAGCUCUUUCCCUCACUGAAGGAGGGAAUUCUCUGCUCGACCCGGCCCAGGUCGCCCACUACAGCCUCCUCGUGCAGGUCAAAGACCUGGGAGAGCAACCUUCGGGCCACCACGCCAUAGCGAAAGUUGACAUUGCAGUUGUGGAAAACACCUGGAUUCCCCCCAGUUCUGUCCACCUUCCAGAAAAUCUCAAAACCACCUACCCCCACCCCAUCUCCAAGGUCCACUGGAGCGGUGGCGGAGUGGCUUACUCUCAGGAGAGCGUGCCAGUGGGGCUGUUUUCGGUGGAUGGAGAAGGUCAGGUCUACGUGACCCAGGAACUGGACAGAGAGGUGCAGGCCGAGUAUGUGAUCCGGCUGUUUGCCCGAAACGCAGAGGGCACGCCCUAUGCCCAUCCCUUGGAGCUGCAGGUCUUGGUCACUGAUGAAAACGAUAACCCUCCUGUCUUCUCCCGGGAGAGCUAUGAGGCUGAGGUCAAGGAGGGGAGCCCCCCAGGGACGGUGGUCCUUCAGGUGCAGGCCGAGGAUGCUGACGAGGCUGCGUCCCUCCACGCCCAUGUGGUUUAUGAGAUCGGGAGCCAGGAACCACCCAGCGCCCAGGGCUCGGCCUUCCACGUAGACCCUGGCACGGGGACCAUCACCCUGCAGGAUGGCCAGCUGCGGGCAGGGGAUGUGGAGGAGUACAGACUGCGGGUGGUGGCAUCCGACCUAGCAGGAGCUGCAGGGGGCCUCAGCAGCACUGUGGAGGUCACUGUUCGGGUCAUGGAUGUGAACGACCACCCUCCGGUGUUCUCAGAGAUGCAGUAUGGGCCGGUCAGCCUCCCCGCGGAUGCUGCCAUAGGUACCCUGGUCUCUACUCUCACCGCCACUGACGCUGACUGGGAGCUGGAGUUCAAACUCAUCAACUUUUCUAUCGUCUCUGGAAACGACAAUGGGACCUUUGCCCUGGAAUCCGACCAGCAAGACGGCAGUGCCAGGAUCCGGCUUCAUAAGAAACUCAACUAUGAAGAAGCCCAGAGCCAUGUCCUGAUCGUAACUGCUCACAACCCAGAGGAUUUGGUGGGGGCUGAGCCGGGCCCCCGUUCCACAGCGACGGUGACCAUCCUGGUGGAAGAUAUUCCGGAGCCCCUGGUUUUCAGCCAGGAGAAGUACGAGGUCAGCGUUCCGGCAGAUGUCCCGCCUGGGACAGUGCUGCUGACCAUCCAGGUGCUCAAUCUGGAGACUCAUCUCCUGAGGUUUUCACUGAGGAACGAUUCCAGGAAGUGGCUGUCCAUCGAUGAGCAUUCGGGAGCCAUCCGGACAGAGCAGGAGCUAGACCCGAGGCUGGGGCGAGAGCACACGGUGGUGGUUGUGGCCCAGAAGCGGGGAAACCCGGGCUUGGCCGCCACCGCCGACGUGGUGAUCCACAUUCUGGGGGGCCGGUCCGCGGCUCUGGUCCUGGGGAGACCCUCUACCCCCCAGCACCUCUGCACCCCCCAGCAGAAGCAGCAGGAGGUCCUCGUUUCCGUGCAAACCCAGGGCCCUCCGGGCGGGGCAGGUCCAUUCAACUUUGCGUUGGCAGAGGACGUGACCCUGCGCAGAAACUGGAGGAUCAGGGUCCUCAACGGUACCCAUGCCUCCCUCUCCAUGGGCAUCAGCUGGCUGGAGCCAGGGACCCACCAGGUCCCCAUUAUCCUGACGGAUUCAGCUGAGACUUGGCCCAUGGACGUCCCAGUUACUGUCUGCCUGUGUAACUCCGAAAACCUCUGCAUGGUAAAGGUCGGCAAGAUGAGAGGGAUGCCCACACUGCUGUCGGCUGUGGGAAUCAUGGUGGGCACCCUGGCCGCAAUAGGUUUCUUCUUGAUCUUAAUCUUCAGUCACCUGGCCUUGAAGAAGAAGAAGGAGGAAGUUGGGCCUUCUGACACCCUCCCCCUGCAGUCCACCGCCUGAUGGGCCCCAAGGAGCCAGGGGCCGAGGGGACAGACACUGGAGAAGGGUCUCAGAGCCAGUGUUCCUUGAAACAGGAGCUGCUAAAUGGACGGGGACCUCCACAGCGCAGUCACUUCUUCCUUUGAACAUGGGGCAUGGAGCUAGUCGGGGUGGGGUGAUGCGGGCUUUAACCAUGAGACUGCCUGGAUCCGCAGGGGCUGGACUGGAGUUCCGUCUUCCGGGAAGAUUUGAGUGGAUCCAGUGUGCCCCUUUGGUCGGGGGUAGCGUUUGGGGGGAAGAAACAGAAGUCCUCAUGGCAAUGGCCUCCUGGUCAGGUCUCUCACCGGGACACUUUGUUUUCUGUCUCACCAAGUCUCCCACGAGCCAGUCGAUCCUGCCAGCAGCCGCUGGGUUGGAACCGAAAUGUCUCACCCUGCCGUGCCAACUCUCGGGCUCAGUAAUCGGGCCGCCUCCAGCCCUUCGGUCUCUGCCCGUGUCCUCUGCCUCGGUUGGUUGAUUGUGCCUCCUGGAGCUGCUCUCUAGUGCCUCAGUUUUGGGUUAGAGUUCACCGCAUCUCUUUCUGGUCCAGCUUGUAGGCAGGUUGCUGCCACUCUGGCUGCUGAAUAAAGGCAAUGGGGAAACACUUGA